AUGGCCCCAGUGGUAUCUGGCGCAGGGGACGGUGUGGAUGAGACCAUCCUCACCCUUCGCAAAGUGCUCACUUCGGAGAGUGAACCCCUCGCUCGUCGAUUCCGCGCCCUUUUCUCCCUGAAACAUCUGGCCUGUCUGCAGCCUCCCACCGAGAAGACCCUCCCUGCGAUCCAGGCCAUCGCGGCCGCUUUCACUUCGCAGUCUGCUCUGCUGAAGCAUGAACUUGCCUAUUGUCUGGGUCAGACCCGGAACCCCGACUCAGUGGAGUACUUGCAGCAUGUUGUGAAGGAUACCCAAGAAGAUGCGAUGUGCCGUCACGAGGCCGCAGAAGCCCUGGGGGCUCUAGGUUACGAAGAUAGUCUAGAGAUUCUCAAGACUCUGAGAGAUGAUGAGAAAGAACUCGAUGUUGUUCGGGAGACUUGCGAUAUUGCUGUGGACAGGAUUCUAUGGGAGAACUCCGAGGAGAGACAAGCUGAGAAGCUGAAGCCAAGUGACUUUACUUCCAUCGACCCUGCUCCACCGCUUCCAAUGGCAUCUAGCCAACCUUCCAUCCGCGACCUGGAAAAGACCCUGCUCGAUACGAAACUCCCCUUGUUCCAAAGAUAUCGCGCCAUGUUUGCCCUCCGCGAUCUUGCGUCGCCUCCAGACCUCCCUACCGCGGUCGGGGCAGUUGAAGCCCUGGCCAAGGGACUCAAGGACCCCUCUGCGCUGUUCCGUCACGAGGUUGCAUUCGUUUUCGGCCAGCUCUGCCAUCCCGCCUCCGUCCCGAGCCUCACAGAGACCCUCAGCAACCAAGCAGAGGCCGGUAUGGUGCGGCACGAAGCCGCCGAAGCUCUGGGUAGUUUGGGUGACGUCGAAGGUGUGGAGGAGACGUUGAAGAAAUUUCUGAAUGAUCCGGAGCAAGUGGUGAGGGACAGUAUCAUUGUGGCUCUGGAUAUGGCGGAACAUGAGAAGAAUGGAGAGGUCGAGUACGCCUUGCUGCCGGGCUCAGCUGUACCUGCUGCUUGA